AUGAAACAUGUGACUGUGAGUCUCCUCCUCCUGCUCCUCCUCCACCCUCUGACCUCAGUUAACCUGGAGGAGCAGGUGGAUAAAGUGCCUUUGGAGGUCAUCGUCGACAGCUCUCCCUGCAGCGCCACCUGUGGGCUCGGCGUUAAAACUCAAACCCUGUGUUUACUGAAAGAUGGCGAGACAGUCAUGGAAGAAGCCAAGAAAAGUAAAGAUGGAACAGAGGUGUCGGAGGAGUGUCGUGUCCGUAAGGUGAAGUGUUUGGAGUCGUGGCAGUGUGGACUCAGGACCAGGACAGUGACCUCGGGACAGAGACUGGAGAUCAACUGUCUGGGAGACGUCAUGGAGGCGAUGGGGAGGUUCUCCUGGAGGGUGUCGUGGCGUUACGCCCGAGGAGUGAUCAGCUCUGACGACUCUCUGUUCGCUCACUGGGUUGCUCCUCUGCUGGACCGAGUCGUUCUGGACCCCGUCAGGGAGGAGGACGCAGGUACUUACCGCUGUGUCGUGCAGGAUGCCAGCUUCCGCAGGGUGAAGAGGGUUUACUGGGGGAUCCGGGUUUUGCCUGAGGGGAUUAUCAAUCUGGAUUACAAGAGCUCUCUGGCCCAGUGGGACUCUACUGGAAUCCAGCAGAACCAGACCAUGUCAGACCGGCAAGACCACAUAGCAGCUCUUCUUUACACAGUGCUAAAAAGUUUGGGCAUGGCGGGCAUUGCGGCUGCACUGGUGCUGCUGGUCCUCUACUGGGCAGUGAAGAGGAGGGAGCUCAGGCAUUUUGACACAAUUUAA